CUCGUCUAUGAAAAUUUCAGCACACGCGUCAUAUCAACGCACCCAGCCUAUUUUUGGGAAGCAUAGCUGCAUCAUAAUGUAUUGACCCAAGCCGAGAGCAUCACACGCACGGCUGGCACCAAUGCUGCCCCUACAGCCACACUGGAUGGGCAGCUAGACGGCAGUCUACGCAAGCUCUCCACAAGCCUCGUCCAGACGCCAUCGAAGCGACUGCCCCCGACGGCGUACGCGGCUGCCCCUUCGGCAUGCGGCGCGCGGCGCUCGCGCUCGCGGCGGCCGCCUGCGCGUUAGGCGCGAAGCAGCCUGAAGCAGCCACGCGCGAAGCAGGGCACGGCAAGCCGCGCAAAAAGUACGGCAAGCCCUACCCCGAGACGAAGGCCGCCUGCGGCGUCGUCAUGUUCGGCACCGGCGACGAUUAUAUACAAUACUCGGCGCGCAACGCGCAGCGCAUCGCGGCCCUCGCGCCGGGUAAAAACUGGUGCGCCGCCCAGCCGGAUUUAGAUAGGGUCCUGGUCGUGUACUUCCACGACAAUAAAAAAGCGGACACGUUGGUGCGAAAGGGCCUGGGCGGCGCGGCGCCGCGCUUCGAGCUGUUUUAUCUGGGCACCCGCGCCAAGCCGCGCAUGGCCAAGUUCGAGGCGCUGCCGGGUACCAAACGGUGGGCGCGGGACUACAAGUGGCUCCGGCCGCAGUAUUAUAAGAGGAGCCCCUUCCGGACGACGCUGAACAUGGACGGCGACGCCGUGCCCUGCGGCGCGCGCCUCGUCGAGGCCUUCCGGGCCUUUGCGGAGUCAAAGGCCGCCGUCGCGGGCCUCUGGCACGUCGGGGCGUCGUACUCGGGCCUCAACACGGGGUUCAUGGCGUGGGACAAAGAGAAAGCGGACCCACUCCUCGCGGCCUGGGCGGACGACAUGCGACGCGCCAUCCUGGCGAAUCGGACCAUCAGACACGACCAGCCGUCGCUCGCCGCGGCGCUGAACGCGACGAGCGGCGUUAAGGUUCUACGCUUCUCGGAGGCGAACGUCUGCCGCGUCUGCCGCGCGGAUAAAGAGGGGCAUUGCGCGUCGACGUGCGCGGCGGACAGCUGCUGGGUCGACCACCGCGACUGGGGCCCGAAUUACAACAAGGCGGGCAUCGACGGCAUCGCCAAGGUCGACGGCGGCACCAAGGUGUCGAAGUGGAAACUUACCCCGGCUCCCGCGGAGCAUGAAGCGCCCGGCUAACCGUAACUGUGU